AUGCCCACACUCACCAGAUACGCUGUCGUCUCGCUGCCGCUGCGCACCUUUGAGUCCAGCGACCUGAGCAGUGCACUGUCAUCGCUGCGUGCCACGGUGUCGCCCGACAACGGCUCCCUGCAGCUCUUCCCCAUACCCGACUUCAAGAUCGGCACGCUCGACGCCUUGGUGCAGCAGGCUGACGACCUGGCCCGGCUCGACACUGGCUGUGCCGGCGUGGUCUCUCGCGUGGCCGACUCGCUUCGUAACAUCCUCGACGGCGACGAGGAAAAGGCUGCCCAGCAGAAGAUUGUCAACGACAAGCCGACCGAGAGCUACCUGAACUCGUUUUCCUGGAACAAGGAGCUCGUCAAUAUCGACAAUGACGUCAAGGCAAAAUUCACCCAGUACAGCUCGGUCAAGAGCAAUCUGGCAGCAUUGCAGAGGAAGCAGACCGGAAACCUGGCGACAAAAUCGCUGACGCCCAUCGUCAAGCCGUCGCUGCUGGUGCAGGACUCGGAAUACCUGGAGACACACCUGGUGGUAGUGCCGACAGGAGCACGCAAGGAGUUCCUGCAGGAGUACGAGACGCUGGCGCCGAUGGUGGUGCCGCGGUCGGCCGUGCAGGUGGCCACGGACGACGAGUUUGCGUUGUUCGCGGUGACGACGUUCAAGAAGCACAGCGCCGAAUUUGUGCACAAGUGCCGGGAGCAGAAGUGGACCCCACGCCAGUACACAUACGUCGAGGGCGGUCGGGAGGAGGAGCAGCGCGAGCUCGAGCGCGUCGAGCGUGAGGAGCGCAAGGUCUGGGGCGAGGCGCUGCGGCUGGCCCGCACUGGCUGGAGCGAGAGCGUCAGCGUGUGGAUGCACGUGCUGACGCUGCGUGUCUUUGUCGAGACGGUGCUGCGCUACGGACUGCCGCUCGAAUUCAUCACCGUCUUGGUCCGGUCAACGCCCAAGCUGGUCAAGAAAGUCCAGGCCGCCCUCGACUCGGCCUACGCCUAUCUCGGCGGCAAUGCCUUUGGCCGCGACAAGAAGGGCAAGAUCACCAAGGACGAUGCCGCUCUGUCGUCCGAGAUGGCUGCUGCCGGUGUCGGCUUUAGCGAUGGCCACGAGUACACCGCGUACGUGUACUAUGAGUUUGAAUUUCCGUAG